UUGGCAGAGAGGGGUGGAGGACACUGAAUGGAGGCCAGUGGAGGGAUUGGCAGAGAGGGGUGGAGGGGAACACUGAAUGGAGACCAGUGGAGGGAUUGGCAGAGAGAGGAGGUGGUGGAGGACACUGAGUGGAGGUUAGUGGAGGGGGAUUUGGCAGAGAGGGGUGGAGGACACUGAAUGGAGGCCAGUGGAGUUAUUGGCAGAGAGAGGGGUGGAGGACACUGAUAAUGGAGGCCAGUGGAGGGGAUUGGCAGAGAGGGGUGGAGGACACUGAAUGGAGGCCAGUUGGAGGGAUUGGCAGAGAGGGGGUGGAGGACACUGAAUGGAGGUUAGUGGAGGGAUUGGCAGAGAGGGCAGCAGUUGCUGAUCGGCGGCCAGGAUUUAGCCAGAGUGAGUGGAUGUGGGGCCCAAAGGAGAGGUCAGAGUUAGGAUUUUUGUAGUAGAGUGUUAUGGGGGAUCUGUGAACACAAGGAAUGCUGGGAUUAUUCCACGGACCAGGGGUGUA